UGGGUCACAUGACUCACCGUUGAGCGCCUUCGUUCUCCUCUGAAGGGACGUAGCCGUGCGUCCUGCGGGAGAUACUCCGAAACUUACGCAUCGCGCCGUCAGUGUCGCGUUUUCUCCUGACCCUGUGAGUAAAAUAAGAGCUGCUCAUCUGGUUGUGUUCGGGGAGAGCCCCGCAGAAGCGAACAAACAUGCCGGUCCGUACCGACUGCCGUGAGGGCUCGUCGUUGGCCUGCAUGGCCUCGGCCUCUCUCGUUCCGCCCCCGCCGAUCAAUACCCUUCAGCCCGGCGUCAACACCUCUCUGCUCUACAGCGGCUCCCAGUUCCGCGGCUACCAGAAGAGCAAAGGGAACUCGUAUGAUGUCGAGGUGGUCCUGCAGCACGUGACCAUGGAGGACUCGUACCUGUGUGGAUACCUGAAGAUCAAAGGUCUGACAGAGGAAUAUCCCACACUCACUACAUUCUUUGCUGGAGAGAUCAUAAGCAAGAAACGGCCUUUUUUAACCAGGAAAUGGGACGCGGAUGAGGACGUCGACCGAAAACACUGGGGAAAGUUCCAAGCAUUUUAUCAGUACGCAAAAAGCUUUAAUUCGGACGAUUUCGACUAUGAAGAACUAAAGAAUAGUGAUUACGUCUUCAUGCGGUGGAAGGAGCAGUUCCUAGUUCCAGAUCACACAAUCAAAGACAUCAGCGGUGCUUCCUUCGCUGGUUUCUACUACAUCUGUUUCCAGAAGUCUACAGCCACCAUAGAGGGUUACUACUACCACAGAAGCUCUGAAUGGUAUCAAUCGUUGAACCUCACACACGUCCCUGAACACAGCGCACCCAUCUACGAGUUCCGGUGACACUGAAGUCCUCGAGGUGAAGCUACAGAGGACAGAGGAAAUGGACACGAGAGGAACUGUCUAGUGAUUAGGCCCAGGACUCGGCUGUCCUCUCCCCUCAGUGAAAGAAUAAAACGGAGGUACAGAUGAUGGAGAACUCUUUCAGGAGACUGUCUACACAAGCCGAUCAAGCGAGUGGGGUUCGGGGAUUCGCAGCAGUGUUAGCGUUUUGGUUUUCCUUUUAAGUUUGAGUUUUUAACGCUUCUGUCCUCCGAUCAUCUUAGAAAACUAUUUUUAUCCUUGAGGUUUGGGGAUUAAAACCACAGUUUUUCUUUGCCCUGGAUGGAAGAGCCAAUGGUGAUAUAUUUCUCUUUUUUUUUUCGCCUUGUGAUUUGAUAAAACAGCAUGGCCAAUCUAGAAGUUUUAAUUUAUUUUUUAAUCAUUGUCUGUGGAAUCAAGGACUGUGAGCGGGACGGUGUAUACGGACACCGGGGUGUCUUUCGAAGACGGAUCAAAGAUUCAGUGUGUGUUAUGAUGGAUACAUAGAGUUGCUAUUGUCUGUGGCUUGCUUGGCCCUCAGACGUUGAUUUUUUUUUAUUAACGUAAGGUGUAUCAUCAAAAGUCUCUCUCUCUCUCUCUAUAUAUAUAUAGCAGCUGGGUCCUUCGCUUCUAUGUGUGAUAUAUUUUUUAUGAUGAAAUGAAACGGAGUCAGGUGUUUUGGAAAGAGGUAUAUAUAUAUAUAUAUUAAUCCAUGGUGGUAAAGCUAUUUGUAAAGCUGCUUUGGAUGAAACACUUCUUUCGGAUUUUGAAAAAAAAAAAAAAUCUGUCGGUAGUUUCACGCUCAUUGUUUUGCUAUGCAACCUGAAAAACUCUCAGCUUAUAAGAAUCUCAAGUUUAUGGAAGUCUGUUUCCACCAGAGGUAAUUGUGACCUUUUUAUUAUUAUUAUUAUUAUUAUUACACAAUUCCUAAUUUAUUUCUGGAAAUUGUUAGCGUAAAUAUUAGUUAUUUUAGUUAACCUCUUGCAAUUUUUUUUUUAGUUAACAUCUCACAGUUCUGACCCUUUCCCUUCAAAUUUUGGAAGUUUAUAUCUCGCAAUUUUGACUUAUUUUUUUUUCUCGGAAUUCGUAGUUAACAUCUUGCAAAUCUUUUUUUUUUUUUUUUUUUUUGGAAUUUCAAGUUUAUAUCUUGCAUCUUUUACUUUUUUUUCCCCUCAGAAUUUCAGAUGUAUAUCUCAGAAUUCCAGGAAUUUAAAAAAAUCAGAUUUUUUUCUUGGAAUUCCGCGUCUGUAUCUCACCGUUAGAUACAGAUAUAUAUUAGUGCUGUCAAACGAUUAAUCGCAUCCAAAAUAAGUUUUUAUUUACAUAA